ACGGGUCUCUCCUUCUCCCGCUUUUCGCGUUCACCCCAGGGCCUGGCGAGGGGGACGCGCCCCCCCCCCCCGCAGCCUGACUGGGGGAACAGGCAGAGGAUGGAAAAGUGUUGCAAACAUAUUUUCCAUGCCCGCUCGUGGUGCGCUCGGUCCGCAGGAAGCAAACUUGGGAGGAGGGAGGAGAUGGAGCAGGAAGGCAGAUUUGGGUGGGGCGGAGCGGAGGAGCCGCCGCUUUGCAUGGGAAUCGCGAGGCGCCGGGAAGCGAUCAGGCCCGGGAAGAUCCUCUGUCUGGCCGGUUUUUCGCGCAGCCCCCAGGAAGCGGGGUGGGAGAGUAUUUCAGAGUUGAUUUUCAUUUAUCUAUUGAAUUUGUACGCCGCCCUUCAUACGGAAAUCACAGGGAGGUUCGUAAUACAAACGUGCAUAAUAAAAGCAACAGUUUGUCCGCCUAUAAUUUAGCGAUGGAAAAUCCGGGGCGCUCCUUGAGUUUCGGUUGAAGACAGUAACCAGGGAGCCCAUCUCUUUCUCUGGGAGAUGCACGCUGGCUGUUGCUAAGGUUGCUUCCACGGUAACAUGUGCAUCCUGUUUACACCUUCAUCGGAAGAAGUUGGGCUUGGCUAGGCUCACCAGCUUUGCCUGGGGAACUGCAAAAGGAAGUGCUGGUAUCCCCACCCCCUCGCCAGCCCUUCCCUCUAACCCAGGAUCCUCCGUUUCCCCCAGAGGCAUUGCUUCUGGUGCCAUACAGGCCACAGAACUGGGCUGCUUUCUGCGUGGAGCUCAUAAGUUUACAUUACCUGCUCUGUUUCCGUUGAGGGAAGAGACACAGAAGUGAAAAAGUUGCAGACUACAUUUCUCGUGCUGCUCUCUGCUUGAACCAACACUGCUUUUGUCAAGAUGACAAACAACUCUGCCGAUCACCACCCUGGGAACUCUGUGGUUGAGGGCAACCAUGAGGGGGACUUUGGUUGCUCUGUUAUGGAUCUGCGGGAACUCAUGGAACUUCGCAGUGGAGAGGCUGUGAACCGGAUAAAUGACACCUAUGGGGGUGUACAUAAUAUUUGCAAGAGAUUGAAGACCUCACCAGUGGAAGGCCUCUCUGGGAACCCUGCAGAUCUGGAAAAAAGAAGGCAAGCAUUUGGCCAGAACUUCAUCCCACCCAAAAAGGCCAAAACUUUCCUGCAGUUAGUCUGGGAAGCACUUCAGGAUGUCACGUUAAUCAUCUUGGAAAUUGCAGCCAUAAUCUCCCUGGGCUUGUCUUUCUAUCACCCUCCUGGUGGCGAUAAUGAAAUGUGUGGGCAAGCAGCAGCUGGUGCAGAAGAUGAAGGUGAGGCUCAAGCUGGAUGGAUUGAAGGGGCAGCCAUCCUCUUCUCGGUCUUUAUUGUGGUGUUGGUCACGGCCUUCAAUGACUGGAGCAAAGAGAAGCAGUUCCGGGGCCUCCAGAGUCGGAUCGAACAGGAACAGAAGUUCACGGUCAUCCGGAAGGGGCAGGUUAUCCAAAUCCCCGUGGCUGAGAUUGUGGUGGGGGAUAUUGCUCAGAUCAAGUAUGGUGAUUUGUUGCCAACAGACGGGAUCCUGAUUCAAGGCAAUGAUCUGAAAAUUGAUGAGAGCUCUCUGACUGGGGAGUCAGACCAGGUGAAGAAAUCUCUGGAGAAAGACCCCAUGCUGCUUUCUGGGACUCAUGUGAUGGAGGGCUCUGGUCGAAUGCUGGUCUCGGCUGUGGGUGUCAACUCACAAACUGGAAUCAUUUUUACUCUACUGGGUGCUGGAGAAGGGGAAGAGGAGAAGAAGGUCAAGAAAGGUAAAAAACCCGGAGCCCCCGAAAAUCGCAACAAAGCAAAAACUCAAGAUGGUGUGGCCCUGGAGAUCCAGCCACUGAAAAGCCAAGAAGGGGUGGAAAACGAGGAGAAGGAGGAGAAGAAGAAGGUGAAAGUCCCAAAGAAGGAGAAGUCAGUGUUGCAGGGGAAACUCACCCGUUUGGCAGUUCAGAUUGGAAAAGCAGGACUGAUUAUGUCAGCCAUCACAGUCAUUAUCCUGGUGCUGUAUUUUGUGAUUGACACUUUUGGGAUUCAAGGAAGGAAAUGGCUGGCCGACUGCACCCCCAUCUACAUCCAGUAUUUUGUCAAGUUCUUCAUCAUUGGCGUCACUGUGCUCGUGGUAGCUGUGCCUGAAGGCUUGCCUCUGGCUGUCACCAUCUCUUUGGCCUACUCUGUCAAGAAAAUGAUGAAAGAUAACAAUCUGGUUAGGCACUUGGAUGCUUGCGAGACAAUGGGCAACGCCACUGCUAUCUGCUCAGACAAGACAGGUACUCUCACCAUGAACCGUAUGACUGUGGUCCAAGCUUAUGUGGGGGACACCCACUACAGACAGGUCCCUGACCCAGAAGCCAUCCUGCCCAAGAUUCUGGACCUCAUCAUCAAUGGCGUUGCAAUAAAUUCUGCUUACACCUCUAAAAUCUUGCCACCAGAGAAAGAAGGGGGCCUCCCACGUCAAGUUGGAAACAAGACGGAAUGUUCGCUUCUGGGCUUUGUGCUGGACCUGAAGCAGGAUUAUCAAGCCGUCCGCAAUGAGGUGCCAGAGGAAAAACUCUACAAGGUGUACACCUUCAAUUCGGCCCGCAAAUCCAUGAGUACAGUGCUGAAGAACCCAGAUGGGAGUUUCCGCAUGUACAGCAAAGGAGCCUCUGAGAUCAUCCUGCGCAAAUGCACAAAGAUCUUGGACAAGAAUGGGGAACCCAGAAUAUUUAAGAUGAAGGAUCGGGAUGAGAUGGUGAAGAAAGUGAUUGAGCCAAUGGCUUGUCAGGGGCUGCGUACCAUUUGCCUGGCCUAUCGAGAUUUCCCUGCUGGAGUUGAGCCUGACUGGGAUACUGAAAACGAGAUCCUGUCUGACCUUACCUGCAUCGCUGUGGUUGGCAUUGAGGACCCUGUUCGGCCAGAGGUGCCUGAUGCAAUCUUGAAGUGCCAGCGCGCUGGUAUUACCGUUCGGAUGGUUACAGGUGACAACAUCAACACAGCCCGUGCCAUUGCAACCAAGUGUGGCAUCUUGCUACCUGGGGAGGACUUCCUGUGCAUGGAAGGGAAGGAAUUCAACCGGCUGAUCCGCAAUGAGAAAGGAGAGGUGGAACAAGAGCAACUGGAUAAGGUUUGGCCCAAGCUACGAGUCCUGGCACGAUCUUCACCCACUGAUAAACACACGCUUGUGAAAGGAAUUAUUGACAGUACCAUUGGAGAACGGAGGGAGGUGGUGGCUGUGACUGGGGAUGGCACCAAUGACGGCCCAGCCUUGAAGAAAGCAGACGUGGGAUUUGCUAUGGGCAUUGCUGGCACAGAUGUGGCUAAAGAGGCCUCGGAUAUCAUCUUGACAGAUGACAACUUUACAAGCAUAGUCAAGGCGGUGAUGUGGGGCCGCAAUGUGUAUGACAGCAUCUCCAAAUUUCUGCAGUUCCAACUUACGGUCAACGUGGUGGCUGUGAUUGUGGCUUUCACGGGCGCUUGUAUCACUCAGGACUCUCCUCUGAAGGCUGUCCAGAUGUUGUGGGUCAACUUGAUCAUGGAUACCUUUGCUUCAUUAGCCCUUGCCACAGAACCCCCAACCGAAUCCUUGCUCUUGCGCAAGCCAUAUGGCCGCAACAAGCCACUCAUUUCCCGCACCAUGAUGAAGAACAUCCUGGGGCAUGCUGUGUACCAGCUCACCAUUAUUUUCACACUGCUCUUUGCUGGUGAGAAAUUUUUUGAUAUUGACAGUGGCCGGAACGUCCCCCUCCACUCCCCACCCACUGAACACUACACCAUCGUCUUCAACACUUUUGUCAUGAUGCAACUUUUCAAUGAGAUCAAUGCUCGCAAGAUCCACGGUGAGCGGAAUGUCUUUGAGGCCAUUUUCCGGAACCCCAUCUUCUGCACAGUGGUGCUAGGAACCUUUGUUGCCCAGAUCAUCAUUGUAGAAUUUGGUGGGAAGCCCUUCAGCUGUUCUGGACUCACCUUGAGCCAAUGGUUCUGGUGUGUUUUCAUUGGUGUUGGAGAGCUGCUUUGGGGACAGUUGAUCAGCAGCAUUCCAACCAAUCAGUUGAAGUUCCUGAAGGAGGCAGGCCAUGGCAUUAACAAGGACGAUAUGAAUGAUGAGGAGUACACUGAGGGUAUGGAUGAAAUCGACCAUGCUGAAAUGGAGCUGCGGCGAGGACAGAUUCUCUGGUUCCGGGGUCUCAACAGAAUACAGACUCAGAUGGACGUAGUUUACACAUUCCAGACCGGCGCCUCCUCUUUACAGGGAGCCCUCAGGAGACAGCCUUCCAUCGUGAGCCAACACCACGAUAUCAAAGUGGUGAAUGCGUUCCGUAGCUCCUUGUAUGAAGGCCUCGAGAAACCCGAAUCUAGAAGCUCCAUUCAUAACUUCAUGACUCACCCAGAGUUCAUCCUGGAGGAAGACGAGCCUUCGACCCCAUUCCUUGAUGGCACCGACGAAGACCCAGAAGCUGAAGAACUCAAAAAGCAAAGUGAGGAGAGCCCAGACGAGUCCUCACCCCUCAACAAAAAUAACAAUGCAGUGGACAGCGAUACAGCUGAGGACACUAUUCCGGAGCCAGAAAGCCCUUUACACAGCUUGGAAACAUCAGUUUGACCUCUGAACUUUGAUCCUCCUCCUUCUCCCCACCCUCCGCCCCCUCCAUGCAACUUAGGCACCAACACAACAUCUGACCAUACACUGCAGCCACUUCCUGUUAAGUGCUAAUACGUAUAUGCCUAUUUCCUCCCUCCCUCCCUCCUCCGCCCCCAUUUAUUAUUAUUUAGCCACAGGAACCACAGUACCACAUGGCUAGAGAUUUGCUUCUCAACCAUUAUUUGAGAGGGUUUCUCAGGAGAGAAACUGCCAGCUUUGAUACGCCUUGUUCCUUCAAGUUGGGUUCUGUGUGUCUGUAACAGUGUACAGCUGUGUAUACAACAUCAGAUGGUGCAGUUGUGGGGAUAGCUCUAUUUUAUGUGCAGAAUCUGAAUCUUAGAUGUCUCCCUGUGCCCUCGGGGAGAAGGCAUGAGCACUAAGAUGAUGCCAUUAUUAGAGGGGGAACCGAAUCAAAUAAUGGACAUGAAAGUGAACCCAGUCUUCCAUUGGGGGGAGGGGAGAGGGAAUGGUACCUGAUUUUUACCAUUUUUCUGUUUGUGUAUUCUCUCUCUCUGUUUCCAUGGUGGUAUUAAUCACCAGAGAUAAGAGCGACUUUUAAAGUCUUAAAAAUGUCUUCUAAACAAUGUGGCUUGAAGAAGGCCAAGCAACAAGGAGUUAUGAGAGCACCAUGUUCUCUGAGAGAAUGAAACAUGGCCUCUGAUGGAAAUGAGUUGCAUAUGAAUUAAGAGCAGAUCACAUAGGCACUCUGUGUUAGCUGAGGUUAUUUCUGUUCAAUUUGACUUUGGGGUUUUACUAUUUUGACUCUCAGAGUAAUGAAGUCAUUGGCCCUAUAAGGUCAACAUCCCAAUUCCACGCCUGAUGAUGAUGAUGAUGAUGAUAAUAAAUGAUCCCAAAUAACGUUGCAUAAAUCCAGGCCAUGGUCCCUGUGUACUUUCAGAAGGCUUAUUAUGGGAAGAAGGGUAGCUCCUCAGACAGCGCAAAAUGUAAAGAAGUUGGGCCAGGCCAGCUCUAGUAAUGAGCUAUUACUACAACUUCUCUUGCGUUUUGCGUGCUGAAGAGUUAACAUUGUAACAGGAACGCAAACGCCUUUGUGAAAUUGCAAAUGACUUGGCACUAUGGAGUUGGGCCUAGUUACGUCACAAAGCACCUUCCUCAGUUUUAAUUUGAAUGAGGCAUAGCAAUACGUCUUCUCCACAUUUCUCAUUAGGAGUGCCUUCCCUUCUCAUUUCACCGAAACUGGCCUGCAUCCUUUCUCCAAAAUUGAUGUUGCCACUUAAGCUGCCUAAAAAUAAAAAUAAUUUUUUUAAAAAAAAAAAUUGCUAGAGAAGGUAAAUCAGCUCUUGCAUUGAACGAGGGUGGCAUCAUCCUCAUCUUAGCACACAUCUCCUAGUAUUAAGAUGUUGGCCGGGCCACAGCCUUGCAGUGCGUAGCCAUAUGGGGAACUUGCUGUUGAAACUCUUCAGAGCAUAUCUCAGUGAGGGCCAGUUUGUACGAGAGAGAGAGAAUGUAAAACUUGGUGUGAUGGGUCACCACAGAAUGCUUAACCUGGGAAGUGCUGCCUGGAAGCAAAGAGAGAGCCUAGUUGCUUGUAGCUGUAUCUCCUUUCUGGCCAUCAUCCCAACGUUCAAAAGUGUACAUCUUUCCUUUGGAAGAACGCACAGCAGAAACUCCUGUGCCUUGUCUAAGCACUGCCCAGAGCACCGCCUGCCACGUGGGGAGACGGUACUUUGCCAAGAGAUAAGUGUUCCUUAAAGAAACAAGCAAAAUGAAACUUAAUUGAGUGUUUUGGUUUCAUUUUUAAACUCAAAACCCCUUCGCCUUGCAGGUUGAUUUCUGAAUUCCAUUGCAAGUUUGAGGUAGACCUGUGAAAACCCCUUCUCAGUAGAUCUUCUGUUCCAAUGCUGGUGUAAAGAGGACUUCAGUGCUAGGCGCAAGGAGCUGCUAAUAUCUCGGGGGGGGGGGAGAAAUAAUCAUCAGUGACCAUCUUAAUUGCAAAUAAGGCACCCUUCCAUCCCCACAACCCUUGUUUUCCUUCCAGAUAAAUUCACUUCCAUUCAUCUGAACACCGGGAGGAAUUUAAAGAGGGAAAGUGUCAUCUCUUGCUGGGUGGCCUAUCAAACAAGACUAAGAAAAACUUUUGUUUAGUUACAUUCUAAAGAUUACAUUGCUUCAAAGGUCAUUUUUCUAUUUUAAAAACUUGCAAAAAAAUAAUAAUGAAGUGGUGUUAUGCGCUUGCAUAAAUAUUUGUGGGAGGGGAUACUGAUAAUUUUUUUGCUGUUGUUUCUUUGAUAUUUUUCCUUACCUCAAACAUGUUUUGGAAGAAGAAAAGGUGGCUCUCACAAAGUCACUCCCAGAGAUCUGUAAUUGACCGGUGUGGUGAGGGGGGUCUGGCCUACAUUUUAGUCCAUUGUUUUUCUUUUUGUGUGUCUAGCUUCCUCGGGAGGGAGGGGCAGGUGGGGAAAUAACUAUAUAAAUAUUAUGCAAAAAAUAUAUAGUUUUCUUUAGAUCAGAAACAGAUAUUUUUAAGUCAGCCAUAUGUAUUUUGUUUAAAGGAAACAGAACUGCUGAGUUAUGUCACUGCAGCGGAAUGUAGUCCCAUGGCUGGCGGUUGGAAUUUAGUGAUGGGCCAGACUCCAGUCGGCUUCCUUUUCUCUGAACAGCCAUCUUUGUACUUUUAAAAAAAGAAAAAGAAAUCAGUUGUGUUAUACAGAAAUGUUUUUUUAUAUAUAAAUUAUGUUGAUAUGGCUGGUUGCUUAAAGUAUAAGUGUUUAUUGUGCAUAACAUUCUUAAUGUAAAAUAGGUUGGGUUUUAGUUUCUUUCUUUCUUUCCUGUUUUAGUUUCAUUGAUAUAACUGGCAGCAGUUGGCUGGCUUAAGUUAUUCAGGAACUUUAAAACACACACAGACAUGUGGCCGAGAAAGAGUGCUGAAGAUAUGAAGCACGGGCCCCAAUCCACAGUCAUGUAGGAAUACACAACACACACACACACACACACACACACACACACACACACACACACACCCCAAAAUGAAUGGCCAGCAUUUUGGGCUUCCACGGCACUGAUCACCUGCUUGGGGGAAGAGGGGGCAAGGACGACCUCAGUUAAGUCACUACUACCACCACCUCCCCAAACAGUUGAACUGCACUGCCAAAGGUUGACUGCACCAGCAGAAAGAUAAGCAAAACCAGUUCAACAAACAUCAGCACCUGGUAGGGUGCAGGGCUGCUGUUGUUUUAAGUCCAUGAGGCAUCCUUUUAUGUGCAUUUAGAUAGCAUCCAUGUAAGGCAAUCCAAGCACCGAAGCCUAGUUCUGUGCAUGAUCUGCCUUUCGGGGAUGGGGAUAGAUCGCAAUUUCUGUGAAACAUACCAUGAAGGGCAGGAAGAUAUUUGCUGCCAAUCGAGUGAUCCCGGGGGGGGGGGGGAUAAUUCAAGGCUGUGCCAUGCCAGACAGGAAAUGAGGUAAUAUCCUGUGAUGUGUGUUACUUUGCCUUGGAAUGCUGUGUUGUUGUUGUUUUAUAAGAGAGAGGAAAGAAACCCUGGACAUAAUUUUGCAUCCAGUUCUUAAUCGUAGGAAUUUAUUCUCUUUUUGUUAAAUAAAUUGGCAGAUUGGUACCAAAGACAUUACAUCACUUCCUGUGUGCAAUGAAGACUAUCCAUUUUUAGGAGUUAGGAUUAUGUAAUUGGUUAUUUUUAUUGAGUUGCACAGGGAUCUGACUUAAUUUUUUCAAAGGUUUUGUGCAAUAAGUUUUAAGAUAAUAUUAUUUUAGAACACAAAAAGACAACUACAGAAGGAAAACAAAUCGAAUUGUAAUUUUAGCCAUGGGCAAUCAUAAGCAGACAUCAGUCUUGCUGAAGGGCAAAUUCUGAAUUGUCACUAGAAUUCUCUGCCUGUGUUUUCACUUGCCUCUUCUCUUCGAAAUCAACACAAGGCUCCAUCAUGAUGGGGCUGAAGUCCACUGAAGACUCCUAAUGCCUUGAAUUUUAAAUGGGCCACAUCUCAAGAUCCCCUUCAGCCAUCCAGAGGAUCUGUGUCUGCUUCACAGCAUUUCCCCAUCCCCGUCCUAGUCUACUCCUCCUUUUGGUUGAGGUUAAGGCAAAUGCUUGAGGUGGCGGCAAGCCUGAUCGCAGCCACAGUUUUAAAGAGGAGCAGGGAGGUCUUGGAAGCCUAAUGCCAACCAUCAUCAUCUCUUCACACCUGCUCGAGAGGUCAAGGUCAGCUCUGGACAAGGGCUCUUCUUCCUCAGCAGAGCACCUUGAUGAAAGAAGGACAAUGAGGAGAGAAUAUGGCUACGAUGAGAACUCUCUCUCCCUCUCUGUCUUGUCCACUCUGCCUUUAGAACACCUUCACUCAUAUAUUAGAAAGCAAUGUAGCUUCCACGUCGGUCCUUCUCACACUCUCUGCCAUCAUGGUAAUAACCCUGCUAACCCAAAGGGGCAAAAUCUGCAAAUUCAUGUGUCCUUUGAUGAACCCAUGGCUAAGACUACUUGUUUGUUUGUUUUUCUGCCCAUGAAUAAAUAUAUAUACAGUAUAUUGGAAUAGAUAUUUGUGUAUAUAUUUAUUUGAAUGAAAAGGCUUUUCUAAAGAAGCAUGCAGAUUAGAAUUUACGUUCCCCCCCCCCUUUUUUUCCAGUAACUAGUAUAAUAAGCACUGGUAUUUUUGUAUAAAAAAUGAAAAAAAAGAUAAAACAAAAGACUGAAUAUUAUGUGGUAUGCAUGACAUAAACAAAUGGUGGUUUCAAAGCAAUAUGUACCCUGAUGUGUUUGCCAUAUUCUAGAGUCCAGCUUAAAGUGCACCUGAUCUGUAAUUGCAUUUUGAUAUUAUUUAAUCUCUAUGUACAAUGUUUUGCAUGUAUUUAUAUGGUUCUUGGGAAGAAUUUUUUUGUUUUGUUUGGGGGGAGGGGUAAGGAGGGAGGGAUUGGAAUGACUGACAAUGAGCUUCUUCCAGAACAUUUGAAACUCCAAGCGGAGGUAAUGCUGAUUGGAACCAUGAUUGGGAAAGCAAGCCAAUUUUUUUUUUUAAGGUGCAACAGGCGGGGAAAGGGAUAAAAGUUUUGAACUAAUAAAGCAUUUUUUGCUGUUGAGCAAAAACAGUGUGUGAGUGCGUUGAGAGAAUAAACUGUGCCCACUUGUAACCGUGAUGUCUUCAAUAUAUGUCCCACCAGUUUUUGAAGUCACUGAUCAUCUACUGAAGCUGAGAUGAAGGAGAACCUGAACCGGAAGGAAUGUAAAAGUUUGGCUUGGAACAAAAUUGUAGUGCGAAAACAGUUUUUAAAAUGCAUGUGUAACUAAAAUUGAAGUGACGUUUUCAAUAUCCAGUGUGCACAGCUGCACAAAGCCUCUGCCACUUCUGUCACCUCUCUGCAAGGUCCAGAAAGAGCCAUCAAAUACUAGCCAAGGCUGAAGGCAGCAUGCCAGCACAGAUAGAAAUCCAAAUGAUCAUUUAUUUCAAUGGGCGAAAGGCAGCCUGCAGUGCUUUUCAAAAACAAAUGGUGGAUUUUUAAUCACAAGCCCACAAAGGCUGAGGAAACAACAUGGAUAAUAAAUGUUCUUUACACAAGGCAGCAACUUCCUCCAGUUACAGCAGUAACAAAUAAUAAAUCAAUGUUAUUUCUAGCAUUUCUUAUCCUUUCCAAGAAAGUACCACAGGAGCAAAAAAUAUAAUGCUCCAUUUCAGUAGGUUUGUUGAGUGUAAGAUGAAAAGAUCAGUUCAUAUAUUACACUUGUGGUUUGAGCAUGUUCUUGAAUCAGGCAUUGAAUGAGCUGGAUACAUGCACUUAUCACACCCUAUGUUUCAUCCGAAAAAACCUGGCAAAAAGUGUUCUGAUUAUUCAGCCUUGAGCCACAAUAUGUUUUCAUGAUGCACAUAUGGUGAAAUAAAUGUAUGUCCUUCAACUUCCAUGGGAUACCUGCUAAAAGUGGGGUGUCUGAAACAAUCCGCACCGUUCAGCAAACGGAGAUGCAAAAUGUCUUCAUUCUAUGAAGGGUAUUGUGCUCUACCACAUUUCUUUAAUAGGAAGACUAAAAAAAUAUCUAUUACAGCAAACGUUUGCAACUUUAACAUCUUGCUUUUCUUCCCUUCUGUACAUGACAGCUGAGUAGUAACUCCCAUUCUGCCAUUAAAUUCAUUGGGACUUGCUUCCAGCUAAGUGAUUAUGGGAUUGCAGCUGUACUCCCCUUCAGUGUAAGCAGGAUUACUUCAUAGUGCAGUGCAAUGGUUCAACAAUGCAGCUAAUCCUUAUAGGAUAGUAGCAAAAGAAGCCCCCACAUUUACAAACAUACCUAGUGAGACAGGAUAGAAAUGUUUUAAGAAUCCAGUCUGCCCCCUGCUCAUGCUGGAAGAGGGUUAAGCAGGAGUUAAUUCUGCGUCCAGGAGAAUUGUGCACUGAAAGGGCAAGAUUCAGUGGAUCAGACAAGCUAGAAAACUUGUCUGUUUCACUUAAUUUGUAUUUUAUGAGCAAAUGUUUUUCAUCCCAAAAAUAUUGUUGCAAGCAAAUCCCCCAGUUUAUUCCAAAACACAUUUCUUAAGUCGACAUUCUGUGUAGGUAACGGAGGGGGCUUUGAUCAAAAGCUCUCCAUUUGGAUAAGGAACAACUGCAAAAAGUUUAUUUUGUUUCUAAUAGUGACCUAGAAGUGAAAGUUGAGCAGGUGUUUCUGCUUUAAUCACCUUACUGUGACAGGAGGCAGCACUUGCUCAAAUUCAGUUUCUUGAAUUAGGGAACUGAAGCCUUGCUCCUAUAUUAAGUCUGGGAAAUUAUAAUAAUCCUGCUACUUUCCAAUUUGUUGGUGGUUCCUGCUUACCAAGCCCCAUUCUUGAGGUUUCUCUGCAGUGUGAUUUAAAUGAGACUCUGGAUGUGUGAAAAGCCCUUGCCCUAUGCAGGGUUCCGCAUAGCUUGUUGGCCUAUUGAAAGCAGUUCUCUGCUAGGGUGGUCAAUUGUGGAAACAAGGCCAGUCUCCUGCACCUUUUAGAGCAGGAAUAUCAGCAGGUGUUGCUUGCAUUGUAAGUUACACCUGAUGAGCUUAGCUCAUCAACACCACUAUUAAAAAUGAUGGAGCCUGGCUCUUUAGAUUUAGCCACUGGAUUCUCAGCCCAUGCAACAGAUUCAGCAAGGGUAGCAUUCACACAACAACACGGACUGCUGGCAUGCACAGGUAGGCUCAUGGUUUUAAAUGUGCUGAGCACCAUAAAAUCCUGUCCAGGGUUGUUUUGCUUUUGUGCACACACGGUCUCGUUUAAAUCAGGCUAGGAUAAUGCUAAAAUGAAUGGUUAAGUAAAUGCUCGUGGAGAAGUUUGCUGUUUUGGAGAGUAGGGAAAUGUGUUAGUGUGAUCUCAGGCUGGGGAGGGAAGCAAGCAGGCCUGUGAAUCUCCAAAGGGCCAUGAUUUUCUUUGUAUGUAAUUCUUUGUAAUGAUAUCCCUUUCUGAUUAAAAACCUGAGCCAAAUAAGUACUUGGCAGAGAGCAGGAUGAUUGCAGGGUCACAGCAAGGUCAUUGUUGCUUCCAAAAUUGCAAGUGAGAUACAGAUGUUAUAGCUGAGCAGUUUCCUAUUACGGUUGUUUUUCCUAUGCUGCCAUACAAUGAUGCCAAAUUACUUGUGGUUAUUGGUCUUUCCUUUAAAAGAGCAGAUCAAUUAUUUACCUGAGCAUUGUCUGAAUCCUGUGGCCUGUGUGGUUCUUGUUAGCGUGUGACCUGUGCUCCUUUUGUGCCAUAACCUGGUAGAUGUGAAAGCUGCCAUUUUUGUGCCUUUCAACCAGCCCACCACUGCCCACGCUCCCUGUUCCAUCAUCUGCCGAUGAUUUGCAGCUGCUGUUUCUUGACAAAUGAGUGAUAGAGGAACUUUGGGAGAUUUCAGGUUACAGCCACUCCCAAGUAAUACUUCAUUGGCAAUCCUGGGACCAAGAUCUAUUAGAGACCAAAAAGGAAGCCCUGUUCAGGCAUUCGGUUUAUUAUGCACAUGAGUCUUAAUGCUGCCUCUCUGUCAUGUCGCUGUUUCCAUGCAUGCUGCUUUCCAUGAGCUGAAGAGCAAACACAUGCAGCGGGGAGUCUCCUGCACUUGUGAAGCUUCUGCAUGGGAUUUAGGACCCUGAACAAUCAUGCACACAGGGUGGUCUUCACUGCAGAAAUUCACUUUCCAACCUUUUCAGCAUUCUUGGGAAUGAUGACAUGACUGCAGGAGCAGGCUUGGCCGGCAGGUCCCUGCCUUUUUCACACAAGAUCAGCCUAAACAAGGCUGCAGUAAAGGCCACAGCAUCAGUAGUUGGGUAUAUGCUAAGGGCCUCAUCAAACAGUAGCAAGUGCAGUGCAAGUUACAGAUACAUGUGUCCCUGCUAGUGUUGCAACAUAGGUGUGCAUGCAUAUAGGUAUAACAGCUGGAGGACUCAAUGGCUCAUGCUUUCUCAAACAGCCAAUUGAUGACAGCCUGAAAUUAGAUGGAAAUUUCAGGUGGAAGAAGCCAUCAAGCUGGAAUUCUUGGCAGACUAUCCAUCUUAAUGGGGUCAGCCCGGAAGUUCCUUUUGGAGGUUACACAGCAGCCUGCAUAGAGGACUUUGGAUUCUUUGUAGAAACUCAAAUAUUACAGGUUUUGAUGGGAUAAAUCUCUUGUUAGUUCAAGUGCACAGGUUUGUGAGGAAUAGCCAUAAGAGAACAGGAAGAGUGAGAAUGAAGGUAAGAGUCCCCAGUCUGAACAGAAAAGUAGUUGGGCUUUUUUGGGGGGGGGUCUAGAUCAGUUUCAAAGUAAACAUCUGGCAUCCAUAAGCAGGCAGGAGUACAUCCAGCUCAAAGUUUCACAGUGAAUCCCCAGUACAAGUUGCUGCCUUUUGUGUCGCCAAUUUGCGUGAAGUCGAUGUUACUUCCCUUGGCCUUGAACCCUAUCAUUCAUUUUGGCCACAAUACUUUUUUGUCUGAGCGGGUGUGGAAUCAGACUCCCUCCACCAUUCCAAAAUCUUUAGGGAGGCUAGUUUUUUGUUGGCUGUUUUUGGGCCUUGCCCACUUUCUGAACAAGUCUGUUGGCUUCAUGAUUUCUAGAAAACUGGAUUGGGAUUGUUUACUCAGGCUAUUUGCUGCUUGUAAACAGAGAAAUUGGACCCAGCAGAUCACUGCCUCACUCUAUUGGCAAAAAAAAAAAGAGGAAAAAGAAAAAUACAGUAAAACAAUUAAAAAGCGUAAACCAAGCAAAGCCUCAAUAGAUAUCAGUGCCGAAUAUUUACUGCCUCUUGUCUUCUGUGUCUGUCGCCGUCAUGUGGUCCUCCACAGUCUGUCGCUGACAAAUCCAGGCUGCGUGUGUGAGGCCAUCCGUUGUCCAUGGGCAAGCAUUUUUUUUAAAUCAAUUGUAAAUAAAAAGAAACAAAAAUGUG